AUGGCUGGCCUGGGCAGAAUCUCUGACGAUGAUGAACGACUCCAAAUCCAAGAUGACCCUACGUGUAGGCUCGCAGAUCUUCGCGAAAGCACAAGCGAUACACUGGGCACCUUGUGCGGAGAUCAAGCAGUGACUCUAAAAGGUUUUGCAAAGGUUAAGGUCGUCGACUACCAUGAACCCUCCGACAACUUCAUCACAAUAGCUCCAAAAUCCAAUGAGAACAUGGUUUUCCAUUAUAGUGCGACUUACUCCCCGAUUGGCCAAGAUGGAAACAUUCAGAUUCUGUUCAGCGCCAAAGCAUUCGAUCAGAGCAUAAAUAUUCCUCUCCACGACGCCGACGAUGUGGAUGAAAACGCUGUCUUCUCGUCGGCUUCUCAAAAGCCCUCAUCACCAUGCGAUUACUAUCUCGGAGAUUGGGAGUCGGUGCAGCAUUCGAAUCAAAUGCAGACAUACCUUACCUGUGGACCACAUCUAGAGCAUCUGCUUGAGCCUAAACGCCAUUACCCUGGAAUUACGGCUCCCUACUUUUACUUCGCCAAAGAUGGAGGUACCUGUACACCAAUGCACAUCGAAGAUGCGGGGUUUCCCUCUGUCAACAUGGUCCGCUGGGGCUCACCAAAGACAUGGUUGAUCAUUGAGCCUGGUUCAUCAAGGAGGCUCGAAGAGUUCGCUGCUUCCAGGACGUUAGGCGGGAAAACGAGCGGUGGCCGACGACCUUCAUAUGGGCGCAAGACGUGUUCGCAGUUCAUCCGGCAUGCAAAUAUACUAUUCUCACAGGAGACACUAGACAGCUGGGGCAUCAAGUACAACAUUGUCGUCUGCAAACCUGGGGAAUUGAUUGUCACCCUGCCGUACACCUAUCAUCAGGUGGUAAACCUCGUAGACGACGAUGCGGCAACAGAGAUUCAUCAAUAA